CACACACACACACACACACACAUACACACAAACACACCCACACGUGCUCGCAGUCACACACGCGCAGUACUGUCAGGAGUGCCGCUGCUGGACCACAGCCAUCUCGCGAAGGAGGUUCCAGCGGAGGGAAGAGAAAGCCAGAGCGAGUGCGAGACAAAGGGAAGGAGGACGGUAGAAGGAGAGGAGCGAAUAGGAGAGCGGGGACCGGCACAAGGAAGCAGAGACCCGGCGCUUUGUGAAGAACAGAAAACGAGGAACAGGAGGAGGGAGGAGGAGAGAAGAAAAAAAGAGGAGGGGGAACAGGAAACGCGAUCACUUUCAGCUGCAGCGGUCCGUGUCGCAGCAUGGGCAAUGCACCAUCCCAAGCCAACGCCGGGGCCUGUUUUCCUAAGCAAGAUCCCGAGCGUGGUGGCAGUCACAUGAUCUCCACAGAUGACUUGGAGUAUCCUCGGGAGUACCGGACGCUGGGGAACAGCGCUCGGCGCUUCUCCAAUGUGGGCCUGGUGCACACGUCAGAGCACCGCCACACUGUCAGCGCUGCCCAGAGCCUGGAGGCCUUGACCAACCUCCACAAGGCUGACAUGGAACGCAAGAGGGACGCCUUCAUGGAUCACUUGAAGAGCAAGUACCAGCAGCAGCAGCAGCUGCAGCAUCCACACCACAGCCCACACCACAACCCUCCAUCGCCCUCACCUUCCCAUGCCAGCAUGAGGGGUACAUCAGAGCGGUCUGCGCGAGAACAGGUACGCAAUGAGCAACAGCCCAACUACUGGAGCUUUAAGAGCCGCAGUCCACGGCAUUCCCAGUCUACCCAGUCUGGGCUUGCCGACCAGGCCGCCAAGCUCUCCUUUGCCUCUGCUGAAUCCUUGGAGACCAUGUCGGAAGCCGACAUCCCCAUCGGGUUCAACCGGAUGAACCGUUUUCGCCAGAGCCUGCCAUUGUCCCGCUCUGCCAGCCAGAAUAAACUACGAUCUCCAGAUGAAUUUUCAGGCGUGCUGUUCCUGCAGUACGGAGAUGAGACCCGUCGGGUGCACAUUACCCACGAGCUGAGCAGCCUGGACACGUUGCACGCGCUCAUCGUGCACAUGUUCCCUCAGAAGUUGACAGCAGGUAUGCUAAAGUCACCCAACAUGGCCAUCUUGAUCAAGGACGAGGCGCGCAACGUCUUCUACGAGCUGGAGGACGUCCGGGACAUCCAGGACCGCAGUAUUAUCAAGAUUUACCGCAAAGAGCCCAUCUACGCUUCUUACCCUGCUGCUGCACACCUGGCUAACGGAGACCUGAGGAGGGAGAUGGUGUACUCCUCUCGUGACUCCUCCCCAACUCGCCGCCUCAACACCCUGCCCUCCUCUUCAGCCUCAGCGUCCUCUGGCUCUCCAUCCCGUUCACGCCUCUCCUACAGCGGGGGCCGUCCUCCAUCUUUCAGCGGGUCCCAUUCCCAGCAUGAUCAGCCUCGUCAUCCCCACCAUCCUGCAGCUGGCCACGCUGCCAACGCAGGCCUGUCUCCUUCGCCCAGCGCCAUCCUGGAGCGCCGCGACGUCAAGCCUGACGAGGAAGUUUCUGCAAAAAACAUGGCGCUGAUGAAGAAUGAGUCACUGUAUGCAGAUCCCUAUAGCCUGAUGCAUGAAGGCCGGCUCAGUAUAGCCUCCACCCAGUCAUUAGCUGCCAUUGGAGACCCCUUUAGCUUCCCUGUUUCCAGUGGCCUGUACCGCCGUGGCUCUGUGCGCUCACUCAGCACCUACUCAGCCGCUGCUCUUCAGGGGGACCUGGAUGACUCCCUCUACAAGCCUGGAGGUUCGCUGUACUCUGACACUUACUCCUCAGCCACUCUGGGCAUGGGUUUUCGCAUGCCACCCUCAUCCCCGCAGAAGAUUCCAGACAUGCAGCUGAGAGACAGGGACUCGUAUUCCAGCUCACCUAGCAGAGCUUCACCUGUCAGGCAGACCUUCCGGAAGGACUCAGCCUCCUCCUCUGUGUUUGUGGAGAGCCCGAAGUCAAGGCCCAGCUCCAGUUCAGAGCCUCUGUGUUUGACAGCCGGUCCCGGGGAGGCCGGCAGGGCCACGCCUGGCUUUGGUUCUUCAAUGUCUGGACAAGACCCCGACAGCAGCAGGGAUCACCGUCUGGAGCGUAUGGAGGCAAUGGAGAAGCAAAUAGCCAGCCUUACUGGUCUGGUCCAGAGUGUGCUGACCAGAGCACCAGACAGUGACAGCACAUGUGGCCUGCUGCGUCUCUGCAUGAUGGCGGGCUGCCCUCCGGACCAAGGGACGGAGUUCUCACGGCCAUUACCUUUCUCUUCCAGCGAGAAGACCGAAACCAACAGCGACGGCUCCGCCACUGGAACUGGACGGCUGAAGAAGAAAGCUCAUACCCCAUCCGCACCUCUAGCUCUGAUGCCGCCGCCACCGUCUAACACAAUCCAGGUGAACAGCGUCGGCCGCUUGCAAAUGCAGCUCCACCUGCAGGGCCUGCAACAAAAUGCCACCGACCUGCGCAAACAGCUCACCCAGCUACGCAAGACACAGCUGGAGAACCAGGAUUCAGUGCGAACUCUGCUGAAGCGAACAGAAGCGGAGCUGAAUGUGCGUGUGGCCGAUGCCCUGAGGAAGCAGGAGGAUCCUCUGCAGAGACAGCGCCUCCUCGUGGAGGAGGAGAGACUCAAGUACCUCAACGAGGAGGAGCUCAUUAUCCAACAGCUGCACGACCUAGAGAAGUCAGUGGAGGAGAUCCAGAAGGAGUCGUCUGUCAACCACAAGCUGGUGACAGUGCAGGAGCUGGAGGAGAAGGCCACAGUUCUGAGAAAGCUGGGAGAAACACUCACAGAGCUGAAAAAUCAGUUCCCAAGCCUGCAAAGUAAGAUGCGGGUGGUGCUCAGGGUGGAAGUGGAGGCUGUGAAAUUCCUGAAAGAGGAGCCACACAGGCUUGACGCCCUGUUAAAACGCUGCAAGACUAUAACGGAUACCCUCGCCACCAUGCGCAAACAAGCAAAUGAGGGGGUGUGGAAGAAGCAGGAGGACUUCUCUAGUCCUUCGUCAAAGCACAACGAUGACUUGCGAAAGUUUUCAGACUUUGACAUCCCCACCAGUCCACCACUCACCAUCAAUGACCUUGGGGGAGGCAACAGCCUGUCCAACUGGAGCCCCCAUUCCAGCCUCAGCCGUGGACACGGGAACCCGUCCGGCCCACACAAGGACAAUCAUCCUCCUGUUCCUCACAAGGGCAAAGCCCUUGAGGAGCUGGAGCGCCGCGCUGCUGCUGACAAAGCGUUGUCCGUGGAGGUCCGGCUGGCAGCAGAGCGGGACUGGGAGGAAAAGCGGGCCAGUCUGACACAGUACAGCGCCCAGGACAUCAACCGAUUGCUGGAGGAGACCCAGGCUGAGUUAAUGAAAGCUAUUCCAGACCUUGACUUUGCUGCCAAGCAGAUCAAGCCUUCCUCCAACACACCAUCCUCCCAGAACUCCCAGUGUGUGGCAGGAACCCCAGAGCACCGCGUCAGCAAGCCCCAGCACAAGCUCUCUGGGAAGGAGGGAGGAUCCAGGCGUGGCUCUGAUGAGCUGACAGUACCACGGUAUCGCACAGAGAAACCCUCCAAGUCUCCUCCCCCUCCACCACCUAGACGCAGUUUCCCAUCUUCUCCAGGAAUAACCAGUCGCAGUGGAGAGCCACUCAUUCCUGGCAAAAGUAUCAAGAAGUCUGAAUCUGAAGAGACUGAAGGCCAGAAGCCUCACGUGAAACUGAGGAGGGCCGUGUCAGAAAACCCUCGUCCUGCAUCCACGCCUCCCACGCUUGCCUCUGGAGACAAGGAGGAAAGAGAGGAGGAGAAAAUUGCUGCUGAAUUGGAGCUGUUUGAGAGAGCCCCGCUCAGGCUCACUCAGCCCCCUCCCCUUCCCUUACUCAUUAGCCCUCACAGCGGGAAAAGUGUACCCCCCUGCAGACCGGACCUAUGGCCUGCCGAGGCCCCAGGCACUGAGGGAAGGCGCUUGUCUCCUGUCCCCCACAUCGUGCUGACAAAGUGUUUCCCAACUUCACCCGAUGCCGCAGAGGAUCCUGUCAGAGAUUUAGCAAAUGAGCCUGUAGAAGAGAGACCAUCACGAGACUGGAGUAGUCAUAACACUGUCUACCAGACUCAACUUUCAAAGGAAAGGGGUUCAUUUGGAAGCCCUCCUCAGCGGGAGCGAAAGCAGCAUCGUUUUAAAGAGGAUAUGGAGUUAAAGCAGGGAGUUUCCCUGCUGUUGACUGAGCUGGAGGUGAGGGUGGUGUCACCUGUUGAGGUCCAGGAGCUCAGCAGCACUAGAGGAGGAGCUCUGCAGACUCUCACCAUCUCACCACAGACCAAAGAACUCUCUGAGGUCCAGCUGAGUGACCGGCCUCUCCUAGUGCUCUUCAGAGAGGACGAAACUGUCAAAGAGGCCUACAGGCGGCUACAUUCCCUUUUGGAGUCAAAGCCGGUGCCUAAGCCCAGAAUAAAAUCCUCCCUUCACUCAGGCCAGAAGAGCUCUCUGGUGGAGGCUCUGGGGAGAGGGAUGGAGACAGGAGAUAGGGUGCUGAUACUUCAGCACAACACUGAAAUUAAGACAAAUUCUGAGGUACAGCAGACUUCAGUUAAUACUACUCUUAAGUCCAGUGGUCCAGCCAGCUCUGUGGACAGUCAGUCCAACCAGAGCCAGAGGAAAAACAGCGAAGAUAUCCGACGCAGCACCUACAGGAGGCUGGACAGCUUGGAGGAGACUAUUCGUGAGCUAGAGAACACCUUGAUAGAGAUCAGUGGCCAUCCAGCUGCAGAGCAGCUCUACAGUGAGACAACUACCAAAUGCAGUCCUGUGCAAAUGACUGGCAGUCCGACCUCGGAGACGAACAAGCCCCCAGUCCCACCCAAGCCGUCCUCUUUGAGCUCAGCGUCAAUCCAGGGAGGGAAUGUUUCUGGUGUUGGAAAGGCUCUCCACUCAUCAGCUGCCUCCAAACUGAAGCACCUGCAGCAGAACAGCACAGAUAAGACUAAAAGCGGCAAACGAGAGGACUUCAUGAAGAUCCAGGGCCAACAGCAGCAGUGAGCGACCUGUCCGUGUCCAGCCUCUUCAGCUUCCACCUCCUCCUCCUCCUGUUUACCUGAUUAGAGAGAUACACACAUUCAUCUGACCCCUUUACUUUAAUCAGCUUCUCUUACAUCGCCAGUGUUUACUCCAAAAGCUACACCGAACCCCAAUCUGUCUGCAUUUGUGGAUGUGUGCGUGCGUGUGCAAGCAUGCAUGCACGGGCAUGUUUGACUGAAUUGGCAAGGGAAGGUGCAGCAGGGGACAGAACCCAGACAAUUUUAAGACUUUGAUUUUUCAUGAUUUCCCCUUUGAUCCCUGAAAACCUCCCCUCCCUCUUCCUGUCUUCUGUGUCCCUGCUCCGCCUGAAGGCCUUGGGGACCAACAGCACCAGUGGCAGUAUUGAGCCAUACCUCUCUGGUAUCAAAACAGGCGGCAUUUUCUCAGGCAGAGUGCCCUCUCCUGCAGCAGCGUUUGCCCCUGGCCUGAGGAAGUACCCCCAGGAGGGGGCAGUGCCCUCCCUGACAGCCUCCUCCAGCCAAGCAAAGGCCCUGCUAGCAAGCCUGUCUGCAUCUGGCCUGAACGCAGAGGCCCUGCUCCUCUCCUCCACCCUGCGUCAUCACCGCCUUCUACGUGAGCAGCGAGCCUCCUCCUUGCCCCUGCCCAGCAGCCAGUCAUCCUCUCCUCCUCCCCCUACUACCUCCUCUUCCUCCACCUCUUCACCCACCACCCCGACUCUUUCUCUCUCUCCUUCCUCUCCUACCUCUUUGACUUCCCUCACCCUCUCUUCUAUGGGUUUGAAGCGCAGCACUUGUAGCCUUGACAGCUCCACUCUCAACAGCUGCAAGGAGGGCGGCAGCAUUUCUGUGAAUAAGGACCUAACCCCCGGCAACCCUCGGUGAUGAAGAGGAGGAGGAUGAGGACGUCACAUCACGUCAUGAACCGUAAAGAGAAAGCAACUACAUUCUUCAGCAUUUUUUUAGUCAUAUUUUAUGUCAGGACUUUUUGGCUUAUUCUUCUUCUCUUUUUCACUCCAGUAUGCAUAGUUUCAUAUUUUCAUGGCAAGAACUACCGUACUGUAAACAGAGUCACAGUUUUCUUCUUGGACAAGUUGCCUACGCUUAUCCUCCUGUCCAUAGUUCCUCUGCAGUCCACCCACACAGUCAUACUGCCAGUUUGCCAGAUAGAGAGCGCACAAAUGGGCCUCCCCUCCAACCAGCUGCCUGCUAUAAGCUGAUGUGGUCUGGAUGGAUUUAUUGAGUAGCAGUCACAUAUAUAUACCCUCAUUCAGUGGGUUGAUAAUGGGGUAGACAUACUUUCUAGACUGUGACUUUUAUCGUAGAAAAUAGAGCUGCAAUAAUCACCAAGUGAGUCCAGUAAAUGUGUGUGUUCAGGAUAAUAUUGCUCUCACUCACUACCUGCAUCACCUGGCAGAACGUGAGCCUGCUCAGAAAAAAAAAAAAAUUAAAAGAAGAUCAAGGUGAUGAUUGUGGUUUCAAGCUGAUUUGUGUUUAAAAAAAAGGAAAAAAAGAAAAAAAAAGGCCAUUUGUGGAUUUUCUCACAUCAUCUGUGUUUUAAACUCUGAACUGGUGCUAUAUUUUCCCCUCCGUUUGUACACACUGUGUAAAGAGUUUACAUGAUUGUCCUCACUCCCCGAUCUUUGACCUGUGCUUUGUUGGAAGUGUACAUUCCACUGUCAGACAGUCUGCUUUGAUUUCAUGGCACACAUUUUGAAUAUAUACAUGCAUCCAUACAAAAUGAAAUCCUUGCAUCAUAAAAUAUGAUUAUUAUAACAAUUAUGACAAUUAAAAAAUGUAAUUUUCGGCCUAAAGUGUUCACAAAAGCACAUUAUAGGGGAGUCUGAUAAUAACAGCACAUUUCUAUUUGAAAUAGAACCAGGAGAUACAGUUACUCAAACAGAAGGGAAAAAUACAAAUGUUGAAUUUCUGUAUAUGUAUUAUCUAGUUAAUUAUGACAAUCAGGAUGUUUCCACUGUAGCAUCUCUCUGGCAUUUUAGCACCUGACAUUAGAAACCCUUUUCCAAAGACUCAAGCACACGCGGUGAUGAAUAACACACACAUUCUGUCACACACAUGCACUUGGAAAGCCAAGCUGUUUGUAGAAACGCACACUGGAUUUUUGUUUCAGCACGUCGUGUGUGAUGAUUCAUCUUUAAGUCACACCUGUCGCACCAGAGAUAAAAUAUCAGCCAGAGCAUGAUUUCAACCUUUACAGAAGCCGAGUGCUCUGCAGAGCGACAGAACAAGUAACUCUUGUUUCUUUUGACUCUUGUUUCUUUUGAACUUCAAAGUUGUUCUACUGGGAAUCCGCUUUCAGAGUUUUCAGCCAUUUGCAGGUCUUAUUGUAGAACAAGAACAAAAUGUAACUUUAACUACACUGGAUUGAUUGAUGGUUUUAACUCUUGAGUAGUGUUUGUAAGAUAAAGAGGCAGCAUUUAUUUAGAUUCAGAUGUCGUUUGACCUCAAAGCGCCUGAGAGGAGAAUAUAGAAAUAAAAAAUAAGCACAGUUUCCUCUCAAGCAUGUGACCCUUCUAAUUUUGUGAAUCUGGUUAACCAUGAAAAGCACAAAGGUACAAACGUUUCUCAAAGAACGAAGAAAGCAUCCGUGCAUAUUUGAAAUAUGGUUCAGUUACCAACAUUACUGCUACCUGCAUGUUCAAACAUUUAUGAAUGUUAGGCCUUUGGUGUGCUUUAAUGACAGACACGAUUUACAGCCCAUCAAAGGCCUGUCAGUGUAAACUCUGCACAAAAACCAUUGUGAAGCUCCCUGUUCUGUGUUAUUGCCUUAAAGCUGCCCACUGGGGACAUCACAAGGUGAACGGACAGUCAUAGACAAAGUGAUUUUUUUAUUUUUUUUAUUUUUUGUCAUUUACUAGAAUAAAAUUUGUUGAUUUUUUAAAUUUUCUUUGUAGCAUUGAGAUUAAAACAUGCAGAGGGGGUCGUGUCAAAGAGUAGGCAGCUUGAGGAGAAGGGAUUAGUUUGAGGACAUGUGUUUGAAGGCUACUUUGACCCAUCUCAUCCAGAGUGCUUGUGAUAUAAAAGACAUAAAGAGGUGAGACGAAAGGUCUGACAGUCAGAGAGCCAUUAAGCGGCUGUUAUGUCCCUGCCCCUCUCACUUUCACUUUGUCCUUGGUGUGCAGCGUCUGUGAAAUAAAAACUCAGUUGAGGUGAUCUUAGGAUAAAGUUUGAUUGGCCUCAAUUCAUGAACAGUAACAGUGCAAUAUGUAAUUAGCACUCUUUUCCAAAGGCUCUUGGCCUUUGUGAAAGGCCUGUUUGUCUGCAAGGACCUGUUACCAUGUUUAUCCCAGUGCCUCUAAGACUUUGUUCUUGCCACAAAUCCCCAGUUGAUCUUAUAUGACAGUAUUAGAUCAGCAGCAAUGACAGAAUAACACUUUUAUCCAAAGAAGAGGCUGCGGGAAUGGUCUUCUUCCUAUUUUCCGCAGGAAAAAAAAAGGGAAACAGCACUUGAAAUGCAGUGUGUGUCAGGUUGCAGAAGUGGCGUUUGACUAAACACUCCCCGAGCUCUUAACAAUGUACAAAACUGCAAACUCACAGCACAUGGAAUUAAGCUUCACCCUGGGUGCUCUGUAGCUCUGCCAGGCAGGUUCAAGCCCUGGGUUUCAUAUUGAGUGAAGUCAAAUGAAAGAAAUUCACUUACUCAUGCUGUUCCACACUCAAAUCCAUAACUCUCCGAGUUAAAUUUGCUGCAUUUGCGUCUGGUGAGCGUUGGGGAGGAAGUAUUCGCGCUUGGCUGCUUUCCCCGAGUAAAGUCUGAGAUGAAACCUCCCAGAAUUGCGUGACAGUGCUUUUUGGAAUGAUUUUUCAAGUGUUAGCAGGCUGUGAUUUCAACAUGGCUGGAGGCUUAGAGGGCAUGUCGAAGAAACUCACAGAGGAUGCCCUUGGCAAUCAGAAAAACUCAUGCAAACUUGAACUCAAACAUAGAAGAAAUAUACAUAUAUAAAUAUAUCUAAGUGAGAUGUUUGUGUAUGAUAUUAUAAUUGUGAAGAAAAGUGUGAUAUAUAUAUAGGCCUAGAUUAAAUUAUUAUAUACUGUAAAAUGUCAUCAUCUCUUCAGUUUUAUAUAUUAGUGACCGUUUUGUACAGAUUUUUCUUUUUUAUUCAUUGACAGAGAUAUUACAUUUCACACUGAGAUUAUUUAUUCAUACGCAGAACAUUUUUAUAUUUGUUUAAAAAUAUCUGUAUAGAUAACGGUUAACCUCUGUAAUAUACACUGAAGUUCAUUUUUAAAUUCUAGGAUUUUCUUUACAAACACUGAGUUUGAUUUUGUGUAAUGUUGAUUUAUGAAAAGCUUGUCCCUGAAAACACUCGUCCAGCUCGUCUGCACCUUUGCCUCCUUAUGUGAAGGGUCUAUUAAGGUGCAAGAGGCUGGACCAGUGCCUGUGCUUUGGGGCUUAUUUUGCUACUAUCUUUUAUGUUUCAAGGGGUUGUUUUCUGUACCCGUGGUCUGUUUGUUUUGUUUCACCCCAUCUUGUACUUGUAAUUCAGCUGGUAUUACUAAGUUGGAAAUGGUCAGAAACCCAGAUAUUGUGGUGACUACUGUGAAAGGUCAGUUUAUAGGCCCAAAGGCUUUAUAUAGAGCCUUGCUGCUGUGAGAAAAACAAGUUAAAUGGCUUUAAUUUCCCGCUGUGUCAUGUUUGCAUGUGAACAAGAGUGGUAAAAGUGGCAAAAGCAUUCAGAGACAACAGGUUCUUUAACAUUACAACUGGUGCCAGUACAUUUUGUUGCUUGUUCACUUCCAGUUGUUGCACCGAGCGGCUUUAAGUAGCAGUUAAGCUAAACCACAGAGGUUGUUAAAUCCACCAAGAAGGAGUAGUAAGGGAAAUAUAUGGAGUUAUAUGAAUUUAAAGUUUUAUCUCUUCCUUUGCCAUUCUAUCUUUUUUUUUUAUAUAAUGAACCUACAUUCUAUAGUAUGUAUAUGAGAUUUUUACAUGAAUGUGUGGAUGUUCAAAAAUCUUGGCAUCAAAAGUAGAAAAACAAAAUUGACUUGUAAAUAGGCCGAGUCAUUCCUAGCGAGUUCAACAAAUUGUUAUGUCCAAAAGAAGAUGUUUUAUUAAUAAACUAUGACGAUGGGUACAAAGGUAUAUACAAAACAAUGCAUGUAUAGUCUCAAGCAAUCGCACGGUGCAGUCGAAAAAAAAAUGUUGUCUACAUGUUUUCUCAGAAAAAUGAGAAAGAGCGAAAGAGAGGAGCAGUAUGUUAAAGGUCUACUAACAUGAAGAAUGAGACAUUAUUUUGGUAUCUGUGACACAGGCAUGUUCAGUCUUACUGUGAUGUUAUGUGACGAUGAAGAUGACGAUAAUGGCGGAGAGUGCUGAAUGUUUAGAAGGCUUCAGAAUGCUUGAACGCACCCCAACCAGAGAAGUCACCGGUGACGGUGUACUCUUUCCACAGAGUGAUUCUCCCAUUUGUAGAGUAGUGUGAUAUAAGAACAAAAAUAAUACAGAAACUAGAUCUAUAAUAUAAUGAUAUAUAAAUUUAAAAGCCUACUGAUACUGGAAAUAACUAAUUUAUCAGUGUGGAUGCCAUGAUAUUCUGUGAGAAAUGUGUGUGUUUUUCCUGUGAGAAGACAGUAGGCAGUUGAACCUGCCUUCUUUUGUACAUAAUUUGCUGUGAUUGUGUGUCCAAUAAAGUGCAGCUCUCUUGUACAGUGGCGACGUCUGAUCUUGCUUUAUAAUGAGUCAUUCAUGUCAGGAAACGAGCAAUGUUCUUCGGCAGAACAAAUGUUGCAUCACAUGUCAAGUAAUUUUGAAGAGGAAAUAGAAAAACAGAAAUAAUGGUUAAAAAAUAGGUUUAUUUUAAAACAAAGUCAUGAUUUUUUUAUCACUUAAUAGGCGAGAACACUACAUAUGCAGAGCAUACAAAACCAUGAGGUGCCACAGAAAUAUUCAGACUAUUUAAAGAAGAUUUAGAAUCAAAUUAAUCAACUGUUUCAUUAAAAAUAUCUAAUAGUACCAACUUAAAUGCUAUUUACACAUCAAAUUCACACUAGAA